AUGGGGGGCUGUGCUGCAGGCUUCGCACAGGAUCAGACAUGCUUUGGCUGCUUUCGUGCUUACAUCUGGCAGACACAGAAGCUGUCAGCCGCGACCGAUGCUGCCACCAGUCAUAAGGCAACUGUGUCCCAGUACCACGAUCGUGAAGCCCUGAUCCAGUAUCUGCGUGAAGCGGAUGUCAAGCUGGUGAAAGGGCAUUGGCUGGUGCGUCUGGCCCAGAGGGGCGGCUCUAUGCCGAGGCGUCAGGAAGCGCCCGAUGAUGCUUUCGUGAGUGAGGAAAUGCUUAACUCUUGGAUCACUGGUCCUCAUGUGCUGCAUGCUCGAAUCAUAGCUGUCUCACAUGUGUGGGAAGCUCGAGAGCAUCCAGAUCCCUGGUCGUUCCAGCUAGAGAAGCUGCGCGAAGCCUGCACCAGCAACCUCCAGACCACCUACUGGUUGUUCUACGAUUUCAUGAGCCUGCACCAGUACAAGCGCAAAAAAAAGCAACAGGUCAGAUUCCAAAAGGCGAUGGAGAAGAUGUUCCUCGUCUAUGCUCACGAGCAUACGUCUACAUGGCGACUGGAGCAGCUGACUCCAGACGAGUGGCGGCAGCAGCGUGAACGUGAAGCAGGUGUCAAACUUCAGAUCUACUACGAGCCCAGCUCGCGAGUGGAAGCGCGGAGCCUGCGAGACCUGAGUAUGAAUCGAACCGAAUAUGCUCACCGUGGAUGGUGUACGGCAGAGAAGCUUUGGUCAAAUACCAGAGAGGAGCAGGGCAGAUCCACAGCCAUCGGCUUGGAUGACAGUGACGAUGAGGAAGGUUUGGCACCCAUGCCGCCGGAGUGUUUUCAGGAGGAAGUUCGUCGAGGAUGCCUUAAGUUCACCCACAGGAAUGACGAAACGGAAGUGGCGGCGAUCCAGAAGCAAGUCUUUGAAGACAAGGCUGCGACUUGCACAGAGCUCCGUUUGUCCAAGCUGAACAGGAAGCAGGUGGAAGUGCUGGUCCGGGCUCUGUCGCAUUACCAGCGCUUGCGGCAGCUGCACCUGUCCAAGACUGCGCUGGACACGGAAAGCUGCGAGGCCAUCAGCCAAGCGUUCCAAACUUGGAGGCCAAUUCCCCUGGAAGUCAGCUUCAAGAACUGCAGAAACGUCGACACGUUGGCACAGGUUCUGGCCUCUGGGUGGGAGAAUUCGUCAUCUGCCAUGCGGUUGCAACAGCUGACCUUCGAUACAAUCUCUCUCGAGGCUGCCAAGGCUUUGCUGAAGGCAUCCCGGGGCAAUACCGCCGCUGGCAAGCUUCAGCUGGGCAGAGUUCGGCUUGGCUUGCAGGACUGGAUGUGGCUCCCAAGGCAGGCAAAUCUGCAGUUUCGAGACCAGUGCCUCGAGGGCGAGGAGAAACAGGAGUUGGCCAAGUGCCUCUUCGCAGAGUUCGGCGCGUGCGUGGAAGCUGUCUGCUCUGCGCAACAAUGGCGAGUGAACUCGACGGCCUUGGAGUUCGAGUUGGAGUGCUCCGCGCAGGACCUGUCGGCUCUCUUGGAGAACCGCCCGGACAUCAAGAGCAUCCUCUGGAAAUACACAUCUCCACCACUGUUUCGAACUGCCGCCGCAGCUCUGGCCGCGCGGGCUGCGUGUGCGGUUGAAGUCGAACUGACGACGCAUGUGUUGGUGUCUCAGGAGGAUCUUGCCAGUGUGGUGGAGCGCUUCGGGGUGCAAGAGAUCGAAGUAGACCGGAUGACAAUCAAGGGGGAGUUGGAGCAGGCGCUUUCAGAAGCGCUGGGCAAGACUCAGGUGGUGUUCGUGUUCAAUGGCACCGGAGAUCAGCUUGCCCUCCAGGUGACGGGCAUCACCUCCCUGCGUCGGAUCAGCCUCCCAAGAAACAAGAUCAGCAACGUUGGGGCCAAGGCGAUUGCACGGAAUAUUUCUUCGUGCUGUCGACUGCGGUUCCUGCACCUCGACGGAAACGCUAUCGAGGACGACGGAGCCAAGGCCAUUGCGGCAGCCAUGCGCGCCCCGCUCGAGCAUCUCAGCUUGGAAGACAAUCAGAUCGGCAGCGGUGGCGCGCAGGCCCUGGUGGGCGCCCUCGUGCGGUCACGCGUGAAGCGUGCGCGUGUCCUGGAUGGUAACAGGAUCGAAGCUCAGACCGCCAAGGAGUUAGCAGUGGCUUUGGAAAAGCUGAGUCUCCCGCAUGAGGAUACUGCAGGCAUUGGGGGACUCCCAAGCGCUUUCGAGGCCCUCUUGCAAGCUGCACAUGCGAGAAGUCUGGCACCACUGCAGGGUCCGGGAGAGAGCCGACCGGGAGGCUCUCAAAUCCAUUUCCAGGUCCGGCUUGCAAGUGGCAGGGGCGCAGACAUGACGUGCUUGUCCACACAACCGUUGAGGACGCUCUACGGACAAAUCGCCGAUGCUUUGGGACUGGUGUCCGAGAAGUUGCACCUGGUAAGUGAAUCGACUGCCGUUCUGCCAGACACUACGCUUGCCGCCGACCUGGCGGAGCAGUGCUUUCUGGUAGUGGUGGUGUCAGACUGGUGCUCUGGUCAAUGUUUCAAGUCCAAAGAUGGUUCUAAAACCUUGGAGCUGCAUGCAGAUGGAACAUUCACCUUCGUGAUGCACACGCGCCAGCGCCGCCACAACAGCAACAUUUACGCCAGAGCGCGGUGGACUCCGAAGGGGGCGUCAGUACGUCCUGUACUAUACUUUCUCUCGGAGCGCCAUGAGGCAGCAAGUGGCAUUUGGGAGGUGGAGAAGGACACUGGGGCGGUGAAGCUUGUUGGCGAGAAUCAGAAGCGCCACAAAACGUGGACUAAUGUAGAGGUAGAGCCGGAUGACUGGCAAGUGUCCAUACAGCAGUUUGAGUGCACCUGGCAAAGAGAACAGCUGGAGCAGUUUUUGGAUAAGGGCUCCGACGAUAGCGCUCUUGGAUGA